AUGUGGACAGCCAMCUGGCUAAUUAACGAUCUGAAAGAACUCGACAGACAAACCAGAGAAGUAAUAYGUAAGACCGGAGCUAUAAACAUUGGUGAAUCCGUAAACCUUUGGUACUUGCCAGAAAAACUUGGAGGAAGUGGUCUGAAAUCAGUCGAGGACACUUAUAAGCAAACAAAAAUAAAGAUGGCCAACUAUGUAAACAACURCCUUGACAAAAGGAUGCAAGCCGUUAAGUUGCAUGAAAAAGAAAAGAUCACUAAACAAAGAAGAUCACUGUUUAAAGACGCAAUAAAAUAUGCAGAAGAAUUUAAUCUCACCUGCAAGUUUAAUGACACAGCCGGAACAAUUAUAACCGACCACCAAGACACAGAAACAACAAUAGCAACGCCUAGUCCAAGCAGCCUAAAACAGCUCCUUAGAGAUGCAACUCAAGUAAAACGCCUGAACGAAAUGAAAGAACAAUCAUGGCUCGCUGCGUUUACCUCUAACCAACUUGAAGAUAAGGACAUGUCACCAGAUGCCAACCAACUGUUCAGAUCCUGGAAGAAUAUCCCAGACGUUGUUUACAGUGUCAACAAGAAAAUUAGGCAACAACUCUUACCAACAAGAACCUACCAACAAAGCAAACUACAAAAGCAAGUCACAACAACAAUAUGCAGAAUGUGCGAAUCACAAAUAGAAUCCACAUCGCACGUGCUAAGCGGAUGCAGUAAGAUCGCUCAAAGUUUGUAUACAGCACGUCACGAUAAAAUGUUAAGACCUGUCUACCACUACCUACUACAUAAAUACAACUUCACAGAAAGCGACAACAGCAAGCCAUGGUACCAGCAAAAACCUCCAACAGCUGUCAUAGAG